AUGGCGGUAGACGACUCAUUCAUCCCAGACCAGGGCUUGUCAACACCACCCGAGGACGACCCGUCGGCCGUGUGGCCUCCUUUCCACAUGGCCUCCCUAAAAUACGAUGCCAAAUCUACGGACCCUCCUCUCAUCGAGAGGAACUCCUCCAUAAAAUCUUACACCACUUCGCGGGCAACCUAUCCCAAACUCCGCGUCUUUCACCGACGACAUCAACACGCCGACAAUCUCCCCACUUCCCCAGCACCCGUCCCAUUACUAGUGUUUGUCCACGGCCUGGGCGGGUCAGUCGCGCAGUUCAGCCCCCUGCUCACCAGCCUGACCCCGAUCGCCUCCUGUCUAGCGGUCGACCUACCAGGAUGCGGUGUCUCCGAGUUUACGCCCCGGGCGUGGGACGCCUACUCGACCGAUGCGAUGGUUGAGCUGCUCGAGACGGUGAUCGAGGACCACCGCGAAGCCGACGCCGGUCAGGGCGUGGUCCUGAUCGGCCAUAGCAUGGGCUCGUCUCUCGCUGCUCUACUCGCGAACGCCCGCCAGCCCAAGACAAGCUUGCAUGAACAUGUCCUCGGUGUGGUCGGCAUCUGUCCUACCGCGGGACAGUUCACCCGCGAACGGGUACGCCUGCUGCGUGCAGCACUGUGGAUUCCCGGGUUCAUCUUUAACUUAUGGCGGGCUUGGGACAAGCGUGGGGGGUUGGAGAGCCCCAGUGUGCAUCGGUUUGUUGGUUCGGACGCCGAUGCUGAAUCGAAGAGGCUGCAGUACAUGUUUAACUACCAGAGCAAGACGCCUGUCUGGCGGCGGAUGGCGUGGGGUGCGCUACCUGUCUACACAAAGGGGGAGGUCUCGAACGGGAUCGCCUCGCUGGAUGUCUGGGCCGGGUUGGAUCUACCGGUGUUUCUGGUCGGGGGGACGGAUGAUCAGGUCGUACCCCCAGGUGAGGUUGACAAGAUUGUAGCAGCUCUUUCGGAGAGCAAGUCGGCGUCCACAUCUAGCGUGGAGCAACACCACCUACAACAACAACAGCAGCAGCAGCAGCAGCAGCAGCAAACGCAGCAGAAACAACCACAACAACAACAACCACCCUCCCCUUCGUCAGACGGAACGAUAACACCACCACCACUUCCAUCUCUACCCCAACACCCCAAAAAGGUGGUAGUCAGCACCAAACUCCCCAGCCCCGCCGGCCACGGCCUACUCUACGCACCCGCCACUGUACCCGUUCUAGCCGGGCUCAUCUCCGACUUCCUCUCCACCCACGUCACCGGACGCCUCUCACUCGGGUGGCAGCUCCAGUUCCUCUGCCGCGACGGCAAAUGGGACGUCAAGAACCUCGAAAAGUGGCGCAACGUCGCUCCCGUAUCCGGCCCCAUCGGCUGCAGCCACGGCAACGGCCAAGCCAACGGCCACGGCCAGGGCGACAGCGGCAUCUUCCGCGCCAUCAAAACCCUCCGCGAAGUAGACGAGCAACACUGCCCACGCGUCUUCGUCGAGCGCUGGGGCAACACCAUCAAAGACGUCAUCGACAUCUCGCACGACAACCCAGUCUACAACCCGCGCAACCUCGAGCAAGGCGGGAUCCGCUACCACAAAUACGGCACCCUGUCCAAGGUCCCGCCCAACGACGGGGAGAUCACGGGGUUCAUUGAGUUGGUGGAUAAGAUCCGGGCGGAGCAGAAGGACAAGGCCCAGGCUCAGGGGUGGGCGGAUGGGAGCUAUGCGAUUGGUGUGCAUUGUCAUUAUGGGUUUAAUCGGACGGGGUUCUUAAUUGCCUGUUAUUUGGUCGAGCGGUGCGGGUUCACUGCAAAGGAGGCCAUUGAGGCGUUUGCGAGGGCAAGGCCGAAUGGGAUUCGUCAUGAGCACUUUCGGGAUCGGCUGUAUUCUUCCCAGUCCGAGCGGACACCGCUCCUCACGGACCGUCCGCCCAACGCCGACGACGGCGAACGUGACGAUGCCGCCGCGCAACAAACACCCGCUUCGGGCCCCACCGCCCGCCGUGGCACCCGCGAGGUGAUCCUCUUCGUGUGGGCCCUGCUCGCCACCGCCGGCGUCGUCGUCCUCGCGGUCGUCCUGCAACACCACAACAGCACCUCGAACCCUCACCCCGUGCCAUCGAGCCCCCCUCCGCCCCCGAUUGCUCCGAGCGAUCCCUCCACCGGUGGCCCGUACAAGAAGCGCAACCUCAUCUUCAUGGUCUCCGACGGCAUGGGCCCCGCUUCCCUCUCCCUAACCCGCUCCUUCCGCCAACACACCUCCUCCCUCCCCAUCGACGACGUUCUCACACUCGACCGACACUUCUGGGGCACCUCCCGCACGCGGUCCAGCUCCUCCCUCGUGACCGACUCCGCCGCAGGCGCAACCGCCUUCUCGUGCGGCCGCAAGAGCUACAACGGCGCGAUCAGCAUGUUGGAGGGCCACCGCCCUUGUGGCACCGUGCUGGAGGCUGCGAAGCGCGCGGGGUAUGCGACCGGGUUGGUGGUGACUACCGAUGUGACAGAUGCUACGCCGGCGUGUUUUGCGGCGCAUGUGGAUGUGCGCGCGCAGAUGGAUGAGAUUGCGCUGCAGGAGGUUGGGGCGGGUCCGUUGGGGCGGAGCGUGGAUUUGAUUUUGGGCGGGGGGCGGUGUCAUUUUUUGAGUAAUGCCACGGCGGGCAGUUGUCGUGCGGACGAUGUGGAUGUAGUAGGGUUGGCGGAGAGUAAGUACGGGUGGGCGUAUAAGGGUGACCGGGCUGGGUUUGAUGAGCUGCGUGGGGGCGCGAAUGUUAGUUUACCGCUGCUGGGUUUGUUUGCGCACGCCGACGUGCCGUUUGAGAUUGACCGACGCAAUAUGGCGGAUGUAUAUCCGAGUUUGAGCGAGAUGGCGGCGACUGCGCUGCGGGCGCUCGCGGACGCGACCAAGGACAGCGAGGAAGGGUUCUUCUUGAUGAUUGAGGGCAGCCGGAUCGACCAUGCGGGCCAUUUCAAUGAUCCGGCUGCGCAGGUGCGCGAGGUGCUGGAGUAUGAUAAGACGUUCCAGCUGGUGUUGGACUUUUUGGACGAGUCGGAUACCGAGGGUGUGCUCGCGGCUACCAGUGACCACGAGACUGGCGGUCUAUCUAUCGCGUGGCAAGCCCCCGGCGAACUCCCCGUCUACGGCUGGCACCCCUCUGUCCUAACCGCAGCCAACGCCUCGACCGAAUACUGCUCGUUCCUCCUCAAGCAGCACAUCGCGGCCAACGCGGACGAGACCGACGAAGAACUGAUCGCCUGGAUCAACAACGAGCUGCUCGUCACCCGCCUCGGCAUCUCAAACGCGCUUGAGACCGAGCUUAGCGCGCUCGCCACCAACCCGGCUGCUGCGACGACGACCCUCUCACGCAUGGUGAGUGCGCGCGCGCGGAUCGGGUGGAGUACGCACGGCCAUAGUGCCGUGGAUGUGAAUAUUUAUAGCUCCGGUGGUAAGGCGGCUGAGGCGAUCCAUGGGAAUGUGGAGAAUACGGAUGUGGGGAAGUUUUUGGCAAGUUACUUGGCUGUAGAUGUUGAGGCGAUCACGAAGGAGUUGGAGGAGAAGUUGGUGGUAAACAGCGUGGAUGUGACAAAGGGGGAUGCUGAGGAGUGUAUACAUCUAAAUUCAAGUCCCACAACAACCUCCUAUUGCAACCCCAACUUAUAUCUUACUCCUACAAGAUCCCCCCUCCCAUUUCCCACUCACUACAUCCUACCCCUCUCUCUCCUCCGCACUCUUCCCAGCGACCAAUUGCCCGUCCGCCCCAACAACCCCCUGGUUCUGCCUCACGAACCGCGGCGGGCCAGACAAGAACCGGCUGCCGUCGGUACGACGACUGUUACUAGUGACGUUUCUGGGCCCGCUGGCACUGCCCGGGCUGUCGGAAGUGCCCGGGCGGCUGUUGGUGCUGGUGCUGCUGGUGCUGCUGGUCGGGAUGGGGGUGUUGCUGCGGGUGCUGGUGGCGCUGGUGGUGCGAGCGGUGCCCUGGGGACUGGUGUUGUGGCCGGGAGCGACGCUGAAGCUGGCUUUUCUGGGGGUGGUGGGGGCUAUGGGGGUGGGUAUCUUGCUGUUGUCACUGUUGUCGGUGUUGGUGAUGUUGUCGAAGGUGGUGGUGCGCUUGAGGUCAUUGGUUCUGGAACUGCCACUGGUGGUGUUACCGCCGCUGAUGUUGCGGUUGUUGCUGUGGCUGCCUGA